GUCCCUGGCGCCAACUCCAUGUGGCACCACGAUGGAAAUCACCAUCCGUUUCCACCCAUGGUCACUUUUAUCGUCUACUAAUCAUCAAGUUCUAGGCCUGAUUCGGUGGAAAAUUGUCCUCCACAUAUUUGUCGAUGGGAAAACACGUGUCAGUGGUCAACAUCAGAGCAAGCAACUCCAACCGACCGUAUGUUGUCCUCAUGGUUUUCAUUGAUGCAACACUUGUCUGGGGGGUUCCCAUACGCUUACGUGGUGACCACGGUGUUGAAAACCUGUAUGCGGCUCAGUGGAUGGAGAAUUAUCAAGGAGUAUUGAGCAACUGCAUACAUUUGGGGCCGGUGAGUGGAUUCAGUAGCUCAAGAUUGUCCUGUAUUGAUAAUGAGUACCAUAGCUCAGUUCAUAAUACGAGAGGAGAGCGAAUGUGGGUAGAGACUUCCAGAAGUUGGGCCGAUCGCUGGCACGAAUUCUUCACGGAGCUCGAGGCUAGCUACAGGUCUGGACCACAAAAAUUCGGCACAUAUCUGGUUGGUCCAUCACCUGUUUCUUGCCGAUAUAGAUGAGGCUGCCCGCCAGUGGGCGGAUGAAUGGAAUCAUCACAAGAUUCCAUUGCAGGGUAAGCGAUCUGAGAUGCCUAACAAUAUGUGGUUGGAAAGUCAGCUCAUGGAUGGCUUUCGCGGCCUUGAGCACAUCACGCCGACAGACCCCUCUGGUUGUGGAUCCACUUGCAGCUGUCCCUAACAUGGGUGUCAACCAGGAGAUCCUUACC